UGUUGACUGCAAAACCCAAAACCCUACAGAUGUUCGCGAGGCGGCUCACUUCUUCUUUCUUCAAAGGAUCUUCAACCUCCUCAAGUUCGGACAAAACAGGGAAAGCUGGGACGUUGGGGUCUUUUGGUCGGAAGGCAGUGUCUUUUGUCUUGAUUACAGUCACCGGUGGUGUUGCUUUGAGUGCCCUCGAUGAUCUUUCUAUCUACCAUGGAUGUAGCAGGUUUCUUAUCACUGCAGAUACCAAUUUGACCAUGAUUUGCUAUCAAUGGGACGGGUUUAUCGAUAUAAGGAUCAACUUUGAAAGACAAAGGAACUUAAACUCUUGCAAGGCGAUGGAGAAGGUGAUAAAUAGUAAGGCGAUGAUUGAAGCUAUUGGAGAACCAAUUGAGAAAGGGCCAUGGUACAGUGCUUCACUAGCCGUUUCUCACCAAAGGCACUCAGUGUCUUGUUCAUUCCCUGUCAUUGGACCACAAGGCACUGGAAUCUUGCAUCUGAAAGCUGUUCGCAAUGGAGAAGAUAGCUUGUUGGGGUUUCUGAAGCAAAGGGACUGGGACAUUCUGAUGAUGGACGCACUUGUCCAUGUCCCCUCAAACGAUGGACCCCAACAAACCUUGAGAAUCAACAUUUCUAACAUGGUUGAUCCUUCGCCUGGUAUCGACAACAAUAAGCCUUCGGAACCACAAGAAGAGCUAAAACGAGAGAGAACGCUGUGUGAUGAUGUACGCACGCUUCCGUCGUGGAGCUCCUGGCUAGGGUUUUAUUUCAUUCUUGUGGAGCAACAGAGAAUUGAAUCUUGUUGAUUUACUAAUAAAUAAUGAACACUUGAGUAUACAAAAGUUGAAUACAUGAUUGGUAAUAAUAACAAGUCUAGUGAAUACAACAGCAGCAUUGCUGUUAUGUGUGUAUACAAUGUAUUUGUCUAAUACUAAACCUUCUCAAGUCCUAAA